GAGUGAGUGUGUGAGUGUGAGAGUGAGUGUGAGCAGUAUGGGGCAGCCCUGGGCUCCUGCAGUCACCAGCACAGGGCAGCGCCACAGCCUCCGAGGAUGAGUGUGAAGAAGCCGUUCCCGAACUCCGCGGCGAUUCGCAAUGAGAUUCAGCGCUUCGAGAAUGUCCAACCGAACGUCUACAACAUCUACAGAUUACUGGACCGCGUCUCGGACCCGACACUCCGGACCACCAUCAGGGACAUGGUCACUCGCAUCGAGGGCGGGCGCUACAAGAAGGAGGUGAACGUGGAUGGUCAGAGCCACCUGCUCCUCAUCAGGGAUGAAGGUGGGCCACCUGAUGCCCAGUUCUCAGCCUGGGCCGACGCUGUUAUAUUUGUCUUCAGUCUGGAGAACGAGCAGAGCUUUCAGGCUGUUUACAAUUACUACACACGACUGGUCAACUACCGCAAUGUGGCAGAGAUGGUAGUCCUGCUGGUGGGAUCUCAGGAUGCUAUCAGCGCCUCCAACCCCAGAGUGAUCGAGGACACCCAGGCCCGUAAGCUGUGCGGUGAAAUGCGACGCUGCAUGUACUACGAGACGUGUGCCACGUAUGGACUCAACAUCGACCGUGUGUUUAAUGAAGUGGCACAGAAGAUCUCGGUGAUGAAGAAACAGCAGCAUCUGUUUGUCACAUCGUGCCGGUCUCUGCCAAGCUCCCCCAAGCACUCGGCCGGCUCUACGCCAGCCUCCGUUGCCCACAUCAGCCAGACCAGUAACGGCAGUAACAUGAGCGAUUGCUCCUCUUCACUUCCCUCCACCCCCAACGUGGUCCACCGGGACCUGCGGGCUGACGUGAGUCAGGGCGCCACCACUCCAGGGUCUGUCCGCAAACACUCGAAGCGACGAGCCAGUCUGUUCACAGGCCGGCGUGGGAGCGACUCAGAGAGGAGGAGUCUGGACUCCAAAACAGAUAACAUUGGCAGUGGACGUGCAAUCCCGAUUAAACAGGGCGUGUUACAGAAGAGAAGUGGAAACUCUCUGAACAAAGAAUGGAAGAAGAAAUACGUGACUCUGUGUAACAAUGGGAUCCUGUCCUAUCAUCCCAGUCUGCACGAUUACAUGCAGAAUGUCCAUGGGAAGGAGAUGGAUCUCCUGAGGACCACGGUUAAGGUUCCCGGCAAACGGCCGCCACGGGCUGUCUCCGCGUGUAGCGCCUCCAGUGGCCUGAAUGGGCUGGUCAGCAGUGGGCAGGACAGUGUUGACUCACUGCACUCAGGGACCCUGGACUCUGUCGCUGAACAAGCCGUCAGCGACACCAAGUCUGAGGGGAAGCUCUCGACCUGCCCGUCCGUGGGCAGCAGUGACCAGUGGAGUGAGACCAGCUCCAGGACAGAGGGGAACGGGGCGGGGGAUGGGGUGUCGAGCCCCUCAAGUGGCCGGCUGGAACUACCGGCUUCUCCCCAGAUAAACCGGAAAAAACACCGGCGGAAGAAGAGCGUGAGCAAGGCAGACAGCAUGAUGGGCCUGGCUGAAGAGCAAGAGGAGAACUUUGAGUUCACUAUCAUCUCCAGUACAGGACAGAUGUGGUAUUUUGCUGCGGUGAAUUUUGAAGAGAGAGACGCUUGGGUCCAGGCUAUCGAGAGUCAGAUCCUGGCCAGUCUGCAGUCCUGUGAAAGUAGCAAGAACAAGGCGAGGCUGGACAGCCAGAGUGAAGCUGUUGCUCUUCAGGCUAUCAGGAACGCCAGAGGAAAUGCCUUCUGUGUUGACUGUGCUGCUCGGAAUCCCACCUGGGCCAGCCUGAACCUGGGAGCUCUGAUCUGCAUUGAGUGCUCGGGGAUUCAUCGUAACCUGGGAUCUCACGUGUCCCGUGUGCGGUCGCUGGAUCUCGAUGACUGGCCCUUGGAGCUGACCCUGGUGUUGACGUCCAUUGGGAACGAGAUGGCCAACACGGUGUGGGAGAGGAACACUGGGGGCCGCACCAAACCCAGCCCAGAUUCCACCAGGGAAGAAAGGGAGAACUGGAUCCGAGCUAAAUACGAGCAGAAGCUGUUUGUGUCUCCCCUGAAGUUGCGAGAGGCUCCACUGGGAAAGCAGCUGUUCCGAGCGGUGCUGGAGAGAGAUCUUCACAGCGUGUUGCUGCUGCUGGCUCACCUCAAGAAGGAGCAAAUCAACGAGUACUCAGAGGAGAAGGAGCAAUGCACAGCGCUACACCUCGCCUGCGAGCUGAAGGACGUGGUGAUCACUCAGCUGCUUGUCUGGUACGGCAUCGAAGUGAAGGCCAGAGAUCUACACGGAAACACGGCGAUGUUCUACGCCAGGCGGGCGGGCAGCCAGGAGUGCGUGGAUGUCCUGUUACAGCACGGCUGCCCCAAUGAGGCCUAUACCGUGAGCGUCACCCCCAACCUCCGCAGGAAAAACAGCAGCACCAGCUUCGGGAGGUCAGACGCUCGGUUCCCGCUGUGAAGUGGCCAUGGCUCCGUGUCCUCCCCUCACCAGGGAGAUGUGUCACAGAGAUCCACGGCAAGUUGACACACGAUGGUGGGUCCCGACUGGUCCAGAACCUUUAUGAGCAGGAGGUGCCCUGAGCUGUUGUCACAGCAAACCACCCCGUCACCAUCACCUUUUCUGGACGGUCCCCAUUGAUUCAGACCACAAGGUGACAGGACCACACUGGGUGGGGGUGUGGGUGGGGGAGUGCGCUCAGUCAGACCAGCAGAUUAACAUUAGGGGGGUUUCUUUCUGUAGUAAACGACUGAUCUUCCCGUUUAGAGUAUUUUAUAUUUGACAUCAUUGUUGUCGAGAGGCUUAUUUUCUAACAGUUUCGAUGUCGGAUCUCCGAGGUACUGAAUGUUCUUUUGCGUACAGCGUUUCUCUGACUUUGUGCACUUUGUAUUGACAUUUGUAAAGGGAGAUGUGUUCUUUCUGUGCGUUCCUGAUGUUGAAUAUUUUCAGUAUUUGCGAGAAUCUUUGCUGCUCAGAUCCCCUCGGGGGGAGCUGGGCAGAGGGAGGGGUGGAAUUAUCAUUUCUUUCUUAUUUUGUGACAACCGAAAAAGACUCAUUCUUCACGCAGAACUGACUGUCCACGUGUAGGAGGAACCUCAUAGCAUCCAGCCGUGUGUGUGAGAAUCAACAGCCAUGUGUAUCUGUGUGUGUGACACACUGUUUGUGUG